GAGAGAGAGAGAGAGAGAGAGAGAGAGAGAGAGAGAGAGAGAGAGAGAGGAGCAACAGUCAAUGCACUAGAGCGCGGUCCGGUGGUCACAGUCGCGACAUAACGUCGUUUUACAUUGUGUUUGCGAGUUCGAAUGGAAAGUAUGUGAUGUACGCGCGAUUAUAAGUAACAUUGAAACAUCAUCGUAUAUGUUAUCCACACCCAUAUUUACCGACUACUUACUUGUACGGUGAUUAUUGAAUCUCUGUCGUUAUGGAUAUCCUCCAGAUUUUUGGUGAUUACAUCCACCUGUUGGGAAUGUUCAUACUGCUCAUGAAACUUUGUCUCACGAGAAAUUGCGGCGGUAUAAGUGGAAAAACUCAACUUUUGAAUGCUAUAGUUUUCACUACACGAUACAUGAAUUUAACCACUACGUAUGCAUCUUUAUAUAUAACUAUUAUGAAGAUAAUAUACAUCAGCAUCACGUACUGUACAGUGUUAUCGAUAUUCCUCUUCUUUCGGAAGACAUACGAUCGUGAACGCGAUGCUUUCAGGAUGGAAUUGUUGAUUCUCCCGUGUGCUGUUCUUGGUCUCUUUCUCACCGAAUAUCUUGAUACGAUGGAAGUGUUCUGGACAUUUAGCGUUUUUCUGGAGGCAGUAUCGAUUGUCCCUCAGGUCUACAUGGUGUCUAAAUCCAAGCAGGUCGAGUCCACCGUGGUAUCAUACAUCUCUUGCCUUGGGCUCUACCGUGGUUGUUAUCUCAUGCACUGGCUCUAUACCUACCUCAAGUUGGGAUUCUUCCGCAAAAUGUCUGUCGCGACCGGCAUCAUACAACUCAUUUUUUAUUGUGAUUUUUUCGCCCGCAAUUUGCCAAUACUUAAACAGAAGAACAACGGCAAAGGCUUCGAGAACUCUAGGCCAGAGGAGGACACGAAAACCGUCGACUCAAUGGUAGAUAAAUCUGUUCGAGUGUUCGAUACUCAGAGGGACGAAUGCAAAAGCAUGGAUUCCGUGGUCGUUUUGACGAAUAACCCCUUGGCUGCUUCUACUGAGAAGAUUGCCUUAUUACCUUCAAAGGGACAAAGAAUAAGCGACUAAUAAAGUCUGAAAUAUUGCUUUAAGCAUCUACUGAUGGAAAUGGCUGCUGAAUCAACUCAUAUUCACACAACGAAAGAAAUAUUUACUAUAGUAAAUAUGUUUUCGUACAUGACACUCAUUUAAUUUUUAUAUUUUACAGUUAAAUGUUUCGUGCAAUUUUAUUCCAUUGAACAGAGUAUAAUAAUAGUCAAAAGAUCUCUGUGUCAUGUGCCUUUUUAAUUAUUGAAGAUUCUGUGAUUGAUUAUAUUUAAUAUUAAGAUGUUCUACAGUCA